ACCAAGGUCCGAGGGAGAGAAAGCUUCAUUCGUCAAAGGCUAGCCAAGCUUACAGACUUUCAGAGGUGAGACUUGAGAGGUGGAUCACGAAAAGAAUGGCCGACGCCGACCAUCCCCGUCUCAUUCUCCACGAUUUCCUCUCCCCCGGUAUCUGCAAGGAGCUCCAGUUUAUAUACAAGAGCUGCAGCACUGUUGGAUACAGACCCAACGUUUUCUCUACUACUCUCUCUCACCUGAUCGCCACAAACUGUGGCCAUCUCAUCUUGCCUUUCAUCUCCGUCAGAGAGAUGCUGAAAGAGAAAGUGGAGGAGUUCUUCGGGUGUGAGUACCAGCUCUUCAUUGAAUUCACCGGUUUGAUCAGUUGGACUAAAGGAGCGAGCAUUGGGUGGCACAGUGAUGAUAAUAGGCCUUAUCUAAAACAACGUGACUUUGCGGUAGUCUGCUAUUUGAAUACUCAUGGAAAGGAUUUCAAAGGUGGACUUUUCCACUUUCAAGAUGGGGAACCUUCAACCAUUGUUCCCAUGGCUGGAGAUGUUGUGAUGUACACAGCUGACAGUCAGAAUAUUCAUUCCGUUGACGAGAUUACUGAGGGUGAAAGACUUACUUUAACAUUGUGGUUUAGCCGGGACAGUUACCAUGAUGAGGAUGUCAAACUUAUUUCACUUCUCUCUCAGAAUUUCUUGAACAGUAAAGAAGUUGAACUUGGUUGGUACUUGCCUUUACCUGCUUCUAGUGACAUGUACUGGUUUUCCCCAGACACUGGUUCUCGUCACAAGUCAGGAUUUGAUAUAAGCUGUGCAAGAGCACACAUUCUUGGAUUUACAUUUUAUUCUUCUGAUGAUAAGAUUGGCUCCUCGUCAUCAGAUUCAUCUCAUGAUCUUUCAGAGCUACUUAUGAAGCCACUAUGUUUAGGUAGGGAAGAAGAAUUGCUUGAGAAGGAAUUUGACAACAGUUUGCAUGCAUUGCAGGUGCUGCAGUUUUAUAGCUGGAAAGCGUCUGAAUAUCAAGAAGCCACAGUUGGAAGAGGAAGUGGUAAUGUUGUAUCACUUUCCCAAUUACAAUUGAAGAAAAACAACAGCUUGAAGCCUAUACCACUAGGUGACAUCCAAAUUGCAAGGACAGUUUUUGGCAGCGUGUCUUGUGACGAGGCCAGACAGUCUUCCUUCCACUGGGCAGGCUUCACUGCUGCACUUGAAGCUUGGGAGAGUUACUCCCGCAAGUUAAGGCAGGAAUUGCUGAUGAGCUUACCAUUCUGGAGAACCCAUCAAUCUAUCUUCUCUGUUCCCUUGAUGGACCUAGAGAGUGAUACUUGUACAUGAUCAAUGUGGGUAGUGCAAUGCGCCAGGAUUCAUUGUUACUGCCUGAACACAUUGGUUGCCUUUUAUUUGAGCUUUUUACAAUAAAAUACGCAACUUCUUUACAUGGUCCAA